AGAAACAUCUGACAAAUAUGACAAAUGCAAUAAAGAAAAUCGAUCACAAUUAUCACAGUUCUCUAAUGAUAAGAAAAAACUUGGUAAUGUCAUAGUUACUAAUGGGAUAAAUAUUGAAGAGAUUUGGAAUAAUGCAAUUAAUCGUCUAAAAGUUAAUAAUAUUGAAGUGCAGUCUAUUAAAGCAAGGAUAAUUGAUCUUACUGAAUCUGUAGAUUGGAAAUUUAUACUCAAGAUGUCUGAUCAUUAUGAUUUAAUUAAAAAAACCAUACCAAAAUUUUUAAAAGGAAAUAUUUCUAGUGAAGUCCUGAAUAUAAUAAAAGAUCCUCCUAAUCAAUUGCAAUUAAUUGAAGAUUUGGUAACAUGGAAAGUGAGUUUUGAUCAAAUCAAAAAUGAUACAGAUGCUAUUUUGGCCAGUAAAAUUACUAAUUUUUUAAAGCUUGAUUUAAUUAUUGAAAUAAGAUGUUAUGAUAUUGAAAUUCUAUUAUUAGAAAUUGGUAUAGAUAAAAAUUUAACAGAUACAAAUAGUGACUAUAAUCAGCUAAAAAUUGCUUUAAAGGACUGCAUGGAUGCAUUUGUUGAAAAAUGA